ACUACCCCCUCCCUGCCUGGGAUAGAAGAAAUAGGAGGGGCGUCCCUGGGAGACGGGUGGCCCCUGUCGGAUUUGAAAACCGCCAUUUUCUUUCUCUUCCUAGAAGGCCAGAAAUGCUCACAUUCGGACCAGAUUGAGAGCUCAGAUUCCUACGGAGACCUCUCGGACGCCAGCGACCUCAAGACGCCUGAGAAACAGAACGCCAACGGUUCCUUCUCCUGUGACAUGGUGGUCACCAAAAACAAAUUGGAGUCAGAGGGGGACAAGAAGUACCCCUGCCCCGAAUGUGGCAGCUUUUUCAGAUCCAAGUCCUAUCUCAACAAACACAUACAGAAAGUUCAUGUCCGCUCCUUGGGGGCCCCCUUAGGGGACUUGGCCUCCGCCUUGGGGUCCCCUUUCUCCCCCCAACAGAACAUGUCUCUCCUGGAAUCCUUUGGGUUUCAGAUCGUGCAGUCCGCAUUUGCCUCGUCUCUGGUGGAUCCAGAAGCCGACCAGCAAGCGAUGGGGCCAGACGCAAAGUGAGGCGGCCUCGGCUCUCAAGAAGCAGCAGUCAGUUUUUUAUUUUCUAGGCUGUGAGGUGCCAGGUGCAGUUUUAGAGUGGGGAGAGGUUGACUUAAAUUCCCUUGAGGUGCCCACCCUUCCUCCUCUUUCUUUUCUUUCCAAAACCUUCCCCGGAUGGAGACAAGGUUCCCGCUAACGCUCUGCAGAGUCCCCUUCACGAGGGUGGACGUUUAGGGGGCCGGGGAUCUUGAGCAGAAGGCUAGCAGAGACCCCUGUGAACAAGAAAGAUGCCCCCAAAGCUGGAUCCAGAAUUUGGAGAUGCCCCGCUUCAGCUGGCCAAAGAGCCCAGCGCUCGCUCCUCUGCCCUUCGGCCUUUCUCUCUGCUCAGGAUUCCCACGUUGGCCAUCUCUUCUGCUCAGCCACGUGUCCCCCGUGGCACCCGGUAGGGAGCGUGGCUGUUUCCUUGGAAAGGAAAAUUCACGGGAGGCGUAGAUUCUCAAAGCCAGCCACGGUUUUCCUUUCAAAGAAGACAGGGCAGUUGUCAAGAAGCAGAGAGAUGCCACCAAGAGGAGAUGCCACCAGACAUCCCAAGCUGACCAGAAGGCUGCCCGAGAUCCCCCCCGAGGGCAUAGCAGCGGUUUCCUGGAGGACCUUGUGCAGGGACACCUCACUUGUGUGGUUGGCUUGUUUUUCUGAUCCUCAACACAUGGCCAUUGGUUCCCCCCUUCUCUCUCUCUCUCUCUCUCUCUUUCUCUCUCUCUUUCUCUCUCUCCUAUAAUUAUGGUUAUUAUUAUUAUUACAUUUAUGAUUUUAGGACCUGUUGUAGUGAUUUGCUACUGAGAUGCCUUCCAAGGCAAUUAUACUGAGAGCUCUUAAAGCAGCAGUCAUUUAGGGUAGGAUUAUUUUUUUUUAGAUGUAUCAUAAUUAAAACCUUGCCUAGUUGAUUGUUUUUAAGUCUACGGGAUAAUAUAGUUAUGCAAAGUGAAAGAAAGUUGGGGGUGGGAGAAAUAAGCUUAAAUUUAAAAGAAGGUAAGAGAGCACCCUUGGUUGGUUGAUGCAUAAAGACCUCCAGAAGUUUUAACAGUUUCAAUUAGAAGAUAAUGUUUUUUUGUACCACCAACCUCCCGUGCAAAUAAAUAGAGAGUUCACCGAGUGAUUUCAAAGCAGAAAAUAAUUAUUGGAUUGGACUGCAUUAAAGAAGUUAGAAUGUUA